AUGAAGGAGAAGGCACAACAUCCGGACGCACUUGCAGGUCACAGAGGAGCUGUCAUCUCUGAACCGACACCGAACGCGGGUCGGGAUGGCGACAGCCUCAACAGACUCAGGACACGGGUCCACCAAGAUAACUCCUGAGAUGCUCCAGGAGAUGCUCCAGAACUACAACCUGAGCCGCCAGGAGUUUAUCAGCACUUACAACAUCCAGCCGCUCGUCUACAUCCCCGAGUUACCGUACAGCGCCAAGACCACCUUCGUGAUCAUGUACAUGGUCAUUUUCAUCCUGGCGCUGACUGGAAAUAGUUUGGUGAUCUACAUUGUUGUGAAGAAACGAGCGAUUCAGACGGCGACAGAUAUUUUUAUUUGCUCUCUGGCGGUCAGCGACCUGCUCAUCACUGUGUUCUGCAUGCCUUUCACCCUGCUGCAGAACAUCCUGUCUGAGUGGUUCGGAGGGGUUCUGGUUUGCAAGACAGUUCCUUUUGUGCAGACUACAGCCAUUGUGACAGGCAUCCUCACAAUGACCUGCAUUGCCAUUGAGAGAUACCAGGGCAUUGUGUUCCCACUGAAGAUGAGGAGGCACUACUCGUCUAAAAGGGCUUACAAGAUGCUAGGGCUGGUAUGGGUCGCUUCGGUGAUAGUGGGCUCUCCAAUGCUGUUUGUGCAACAGCUAGAGGUGAAGUACGACUUCCUGUAUGAUCACUACCACGUGUGCUGUCAGGAGAGUUGGCGCUCUCUGACUCACAGGCAGGCGUACACCACCUUCAUCAUGGUGGCUCUUUUCCUGCUCCCUCUGACAGCCAUGCUUUUCCUCUACACACGCAUCGGCAUUGAGCUGUGGAUCCGCAAGAGGGUGGGCGACUCUUCAGUGCUCAACACCAUGAAUCACAGAGAGAUCAAUAAGAUCUCACGGAAAAAGAAAAGAGCAGUUAAAAUGAUGAUUACCAUCGUUCUGCUGUUCACCAUCUGCUGGGCACCCUUUCACACAGUCCACAUGCUGUUUGAGUAUUAUGACCUGGAGAACAAAUAUGACGGUGUCACACUGAACAUGAUCAUCGCCAUUGUUCAGGCCAUCGGGUUCUUCAACAGCUUCAACAAUCCCAUCGUGUAUGCCUUCAUGAACGAGAACUUUAAGAAGAGCUGCGUCUCCACCCUCUCCGCCUGCAUCCGAAAGCCUAACCAGCACGGCAGCGCCAUGGUGGCGCCAGAAAUGACUGUGCAGUUUAUCAAACCCCAAAGUAGAGACGCCUUCAUGGAUUCUGGUGAAGGCACUAGCUCUAAGCCGAACUCAGAAGAUAAAGGACCCUCAUGUUCAUCACAUGAAGAGAGCUUGCUGGAAAUAAUUGGAGAAAAAAUGUCCACUAUCCAAACAGUGCUCCCCACAAACAGCUCCUCUCAAGUCAAAUGAGAAUUGGCUCAAAGUUCAGGAGUUGAAGUCGACCCCCUCCCCCUGUUGAUGGAGCAGCUGUAGGAGUAUCAAAUGUGAUUUCAGGUCUCACAGUUAUGGUUCAAGGUCCCAAAAAGUCCAACAGCUUGGAAACAUAUCUCUGAAGUGCCAGGGGCAAAAGCAUUUUUUCAUUCUGGUUUGGAGAACAACAGGAAGGAAAUGAAGAAAUUCCAAAAAAAGGCACUUUUGCUGUGAAGACUACCCCUGGAGCAAUCACGAUCAGCAGUCAGACACUGAACAACCAAUUUGUUAGAGAAUUUCUCUGACUAGAGAAAUCAUUUCUAUUGAGAUAUUUCUAAAAUCUGCAGGACAUUCAGCCUCUCUCAGUAAAUGCUUAAAAGUGUGUCAGAUGCAACUGUGUUCAGUGUCAUCCGAAAAAAGCACUUGACGGUCACCACUGUAGAGUUAUACUGAGUAUGCUACACUGAGAACUCUUUGGAAAAAACAACAUAGAGGACUUCAAAAGCUUUCUGCCUUUAAGAAGCAAAGGACGAUGCCUCAGCUUUUAUUGCACUGCUAGAUUUGCGUUAGUUUAAGGCAGCAUUGAAGUCAGUUCAGGUUCAAUUGCAAAACAUUAUCUUUAUAAGGUUGCUGUUCAGCUUCAUAGAUUUGUUUAUUGCUUUUAAAUCUUUUGGAGAUAGAGAUCGACGAUUCACACAAAUUCAGUCUGAUAAUGAAACACCUCUUAUUGCCAGCAGGAACAAACAUCCAUGUACACUUUUCACUUCUUUCAAUUGAACAAUUUAAUCAUUUUAUAUAAUGUAUUGACUUUUUUUAACUGCUAUAUAGAUAGCCCAAAUAGAUCCUGUGAAAACAACAGCCUUGUACUUUUUUCUCCAAAGGUUCUGUAUGCAACAUUCAAAGCAUUAAUAUAGCAGCAAACCACUAUCUGCUGAAAUGAAGUCAUGCUACCUCUGUGUGUGUGUGUUGUAAUCUGAGCCUCUCUGUGGUUUGUUGUGGUGAACAGGUCCAGCCGCUCAUUCAUGUUAGUGCAUGUUUGUAUGUCAGGGGCUAGCUCAUUGCUGCAGCUUUGCACUGUGUUCCUAUGGUUGCCUCUGAUAACGGGAUGCUCUGUCAGCACUGUUGCUGUUGUAAGCACUAUUUAUGGAGUUAGCACUGUUAGCUGCUAGCCACCAGCUCAGCCACCAUGUUGAGAACCAGACAAUUCAUACUCUCUGAAUUUCACAUAGAGCCCAUUUAAAGGGUGCUUCUUAAUCACCUUACAUACGGCAUGCCCUUUUAACAUUUAAUCAGCAGGACUUAUAAGUACCAAUGUAGUUUCACUGGUGGAGAUGACUUUUCAGCAUGUCAAAAUGUCAUUUUGACUAGUUAAAAUAUUAAUUCAAGAUAUCUGUAAAACAAUUGACACGUUACAAAUAUGGCUUGCAUACUGCAACAUAUGACUGGAUGCAGUAGGACAUCCUGAGGUCUCAUUUAUAACCUUUAGGUAUGCACAAAACUAGGCCUCAAAGUGGUAUACGCCGCUUCCCUCACAAGAGUUAUGAUCUGUAAAAGACCAACUUGACAGGAGAAUGUGUGCACCUGUACGGAAACUGUACUUGUGAAUUGAAGCCAGAUUGUAGAAAUGAAAUGUUAGAGGAAUCCUUAUACUUAUAAUGAUUCUUCUAACACAUUAACUUUCACUUCAUAUCAUGCUUUAGUUAUAAAUCCACAUUAAUCAGAAACAUUCAGUCAGGCAGUUUUAUUUGUGCCAGUAAGCCCAAGGUGUGAGGCAAUAAGUCUGAUGCUGUAAACAUAUAAAUACUGCAGUCACUUUGUUCUUGCAUGAUUCACUAUGAAGAACGACUGAUCAGCAGGGUCAUUUCUAUGGAUCAGCAUUCAUGAUGUGCUUUGCAUUGGCUAUUUAUGGUUGAAUGUGGGUGUGUAGAGGGCAGGAUAUGAGGCUGAUCCACAUGCGAACCAUUGACUAAGCCCUGCUCCUUUGUGAUGGUCCGACAAGCUGUCGGAGUAAGCAUGGAGCCCACACUGUAACUAACUGCACUCCCUGAAGAAAUAUUAUUUUUGAAGCAAUGAAACAGUGAUUCCAGAGAGAAGCAGACAGAGGGGUCUACAGUCUGUGUUUGAAGGAUAUAUCCAGGAUGUCAAACUGACUCAGCAGCAACAACAGGUUCAAAAGACAAAGAUAGUUAGAAGCUAAAGCCGAACUAUAGGCUACAGAUCACAGUGUAAAAGUGAACCACCACAUCACUGCUGAUCGCCACACAAGACAAUGAAUAUAAAGGGAAACUUUGCUGAUAUUGAACCAGCUGUGUGGCACCACAGUGUGUGCAGAUAAACGCUGAAGAAAGCUUGCUGGAAACAUUGAUGUCAAAUGGAAUAGCUGUAGGGGUCAGUUGCUACCAGUCACAAUCACAUUAUGGACAUGGUGGCUUGGAAAUCUAACCAGUCAAAUAGCACUUGUUGAUAUCUACAAUUGCUAACAGUGUUGCUUAUUAAAUGUUAAGAGGACUUACCAUACCGGUUUUAGACUCAGCUCUUUUUUUUUGUAAAACAAAUUUGAUAAUAAACAAUACAUAUCAUUUUAUGGUUUAUUGAAAGAAAAAAGGUCCGAUUCACAUGCACCAAACCAGUGCAGCCUUUUGAUGUUAUAAUCAUGACAUGAAUCACACCAUCUUUCUUCUAUCACUGGAAACAUACGGCCAUUUCACACACAUGAGCAGAAAACAUAAAUGAGAUAGGAAUGGCAGCAUUACACACACACAGGGGACACAAUUAUCUCAAUGUGUUUGUUUAAUGGUACUGUGAAAUAUUUUUGUAAUGUUGAUAUUGACACAACUUAAGUGAAUGUUUGGUGUUUACAAAAAAGUAUGUUUCGUAACAUGUUUUGUAACAGCAGCUUGGCUUUUAUGCAAUGCUCUGUGCAGAUUGUUGUUUUUAAAGACGUUGCUUGGAAAAUCAAAUCGUGAUAAUUAAUUGAAAAUUGAUUUCUUUCAUUGUUUUUUUAAAAUGCAGAUCACUGGAUCAGAGUGCCAGUAGGCUCUAUUUUCUGCUUGUGUCAAACAAGUGUUGUCCUUGGAUGACUGUAUCAGUGGCAUUUCGUAAAGAUUUUGCUCUUUCUAUAUGCAAGAACAGGAUUUUGCAGUAAAUGAGGUCU